AUGUAUAAUGCAGGAUAUGGCUUUGGCAACCCGGCCUUUAACCAACCCGGCGCGCCGCAACAACCCCAACAACAACCGCAGCAGCCGCCACAGCCGCAACAACAACAACCGCAACCGCAACAACCGCAGCCGCAGCAGCAGCAGCAGCAGCAGCAGCAGCAGCAGCACUCGCCGCACUCGCCGCACCAGCAGCAACAGCAGCCGAAUCCCCAGCCAUUGUACAAUCAGCAGCAGCAGUUCGCCGGCAUGCCUCAAGGGUCCUUCAACCCCGGAAACAACGCUCAGAUGAUGCAAGGCAUGCCCGCGGGCAUGAUGCAGAACUCGGCCAUGCCUAGCAUGCCUCCCAAUGGACAGAUGCCCGGCUACCCUCAACAGUUUCCAGGAGCAGCUUACGGGCAGCUGAUGCCGGGCGGCGUACCGCCCAACUUUGCGCCGAACAACUACAUGAUGACCGGUGGAAUGCAAGCCUUUCCAAUGAAUCAAACGGGCAUGAAUCUUCAGCAAGUGCAGAUGAUGCAACGGAUGCAAGCGCAGCAAGCCGCUCAACAGGCGCCGCCGCCGCCGCCGCAGCAGCAGCAGCAUCACCCUCAUCAACAAUAUCAACAACCUCAGCCUCAGUCGCAUCAGCAGCAACCACAGCAGCCGCAGUCACAACAGCAUCCGCCGCAACAGCAGCACCCACUGCAACAGCAGCAACCACAAUCACAGCAGUCACAGCAUCCACCACCACAUCAGCAGCAGCAGCAUCGUCAUCACCACCAUCAUCAACAACAACAUCAAUCGCAACAAGAACAGCCCCAGCAACACCAACCACUUCAGCCGCAACACCAGACCCUUCCCGGAGUAAGCCAGACGACCACCCCCCAACGGCCUUCGAGCGCUGCUCAGGGCACUCCAACCAAUCCCAUGUUGCAGCAUCAGCCGCAGUUCGCGACACCGCAGCCGCACCCUCACAACCAGCCUUCGCAAAACGCACAGCAAGCUCCCUCUCUAGGUACACCCCAGACACCAACCUUCUCUACCAAUCACACCAGCGGAGCGGGCAUGCCUACGACCGGGACGCCCCUGAGUCCUAGAUCAGAGUCGCGAGAGAAGGAGAGGUUUGCUCUACUCUUGGACAUCAACCAUGAACUGCUGUAUGAAUCUAUACAGAUUCAAUCCACGCAACAGGAGCUGAAGAAAGAGAACCCCCCCACAAGUGGCAGCCAAGGCGAUCGAAAGCCAACCGAAGAAGAAAACCUGUUUCAGCAGGACUACCUCCAAUGCAUGAGAAGGCUACAGGCAAACCUGUCUUAUAUGGCUGCUCUCGCAGACCGGAAGCCAGAGGUCAAGGUUCCUCCGUGUCCGGCAUAUCUCAGCGCACCGCCCCUGAACCUGUCGCUAAGACUAAGGUCACCCUCUGUCGUACCAGAAGGGCAGGAUGCAAACAUUGACACCGUGGCAGAUCGACAAGAACGAGACAAGUCAAUCAGGGACUUGUAUAAAAGGCUCCAGGCAGUCUUCCCAGGCUUCGACCCCAAGAAGGAACCCGCAUUCCGCAUGCCUGGACCUGGCCAAAAGUCCGGCGGUCAAGGCUCGAAUCAGGCGAGCCCUACCGUUCAACAAAAUCCCCAGAUGCCCACCAUGUCGGCACCCGUCGGCAACCCUGGCGUGAUGGGUUAA